UAUCAGCUCCACUUCUGACGGACACGCUGCUGAGGGUCGCCGCUGCGUGUGAGUUCUUGCAAAAUAAGCAGCGGAAAGUCUCCCACCCCUCCACCCUCCCCGUUGAUUAGAAGACUUACGGGCUUCCGGCAUCGAGAUGGGAAUGCUGCUGUUGAUCAUUUUGCAUUCAUAUAUGCUGUCGAGUUUUGUGUGCGACGCGAUCGCUUUCGUGGAAGUGCCCACCGGAGGUAGAUCGGACGGCUACUGCGGGCGAAUCCUCCGGGCUCAGACACACGGGACCCGGCGGGAUGGACACCAUGAGUUCCGUCUGAGAGUGGAGGGAGAUCCUGAAACCUACCAGCCUGGCAACACUUACAGAGUCAUCCUCUUGGCAACCAGCCCUGCUUAUUUCAGAGGUUUCACCCUCAUCGCAUUGAAGGAGGGCAGAGAGGGCACCACAGAUGAUGACUACACCGGCCAGUUCCAGAUCAUUGAUGAAGAGGAUACACAGUUCAUGACCAACUGUGCCCCUGCUGUGACAGAGAGCACACCUCGCAGACGCACCAGGAUACAAGUUUACUGGACAGCGCCCUCUAGUGGGAGUGGUUGUGUCAUACUGAAGGCGAGCAUCGUCCAGAAGAAAAUUAUCUAUUUCCAGGAGGAGGGCUCCCUUACCAUCCGGCUUUGUGAGAAAGAGCGUGUGUUUGGUGAGGCAACACCCGACCCUGCCUUGGUGUGCUGUGCUUGUGGGACAGCCAAGUACAGACUCACCUUCUAUGGCAACUGGUCAGAGAAAGUCCAUCCCAAAGACUAUCCCAGACGGGCCAACCAUUGGUCAGCACUGAUUGGUGCAUCCCACUCCAGAGAUUAUGUGCUGUGGGAGUAUGGUGGCUAUGCCAGCGAGGGGGUCCGUCAGGUAGCUGAGUUUGGCUCCCCCAUCAAAAUGGAAGAAGAGAUUCGACAAAAGGGAGAUGAAGUACUGACUGUCAUUAAAACCAAAGCGCAGUGGCCUGCGUGGCAGCCGCUCAACAUGCGUGCCGCUCCAUCUGCAGAGUUCUCCGUGGACCAAACUCGCCACUUGAUGUCCUUCCUCACCAUGCUGGGGCCUAGUCCUGAUUGGAACGUGGGUCUAUCAGGAGAGGACCUUUGUACCAAGGAUUGCGGCUGGGUCCAACGACUGGAGACAGAGCUGAUUCCCUGGGAUGCUGGCACUGACAGUGGUAUCUCGUAUGAAUCACCAAACAAGCCCACCAUUCCUCAAGAUAAGAUCCGACCUUUAACUAGUUUGGAUCACCCUCAGAGCCCCUUCUAUGACCCUGAGGGCGGGGCAAUUACACCUGUGGCCAGAUUGGUGGUGGAACGCAUCGCUAGGAAGGGAGAGCAGUGCAAUGUGGUCCCAGACAGCAUUGAUGACAUUGUAGCGGACAUUGGUCAAGAGGAAACGGAGAAAGAUGACACCCCCGAGACGUGUAUUUACUCCGGCUGGUCGCCCUGGUCGGCCUGCAGCAGUGCCUCAUGUGAGAAAGGCAGACGGAUGAGACAGAGGAUGCUUAAGGCACAGCUGGACCUCAGCGUUCCGUGCCCCCACACUCAAGAUUUUCAGUCCUGCAUGGGACCUGGAUGCAGUAUGCAAGAGCCAUCGACAUGCAUGAUGUCAGAGUGGAUAAGCUGGUCCGCCUGCAGCGUGUCCUGUGGGAUGGGAAUGAGGUCCAGGGAGCGUUAUGUCAAACAGUACCCUGAGGAUGGCUCGCUCUGUCAGCUCAACACAGAAGAGAUUGAGAAGUGUGUCGUCAACGAAGAAUGCUCAGCCAGCAGCUGUGUGGUGACUGAAUGGGGUGAGUGGGAUGCCUGCAGCGUCUCCUGUGGGAUGGGCAUGACAAGACGUGAGCGCAUGGUUAAAAUGCCUCCUAUAGAUGGAUCGAUGUGCAAAACGGAAGUGGCUGAAGUGGACAAAUGCAUGAUGCCAGAAUGCCAUACCAUCCCGUGCAUGUUGUCGCCAUGGUCGGACUGGAGUGAAUGUAGCGUCACGUGUGGACGCGGCCUAAGGACCCGCCAGAGGAUGCUUAAGUCGGAUCCUGCGCAGUGCAAUGAAGAGUUGGAGCAGACCGAGAAGUGCAUGCUGCCCGAGUGUCCCAUCGACUGCAUGGUCUCAGAGUGGUCCGAGUGGUCCGAAUGCAACAAGUCCUGCGGUAAAGGCCACACCAUCCGAACCCGCAUGAUAAAACUGGAGCCACAGUUUGGAGGCAGCGCUUGUCCCGAGACCAUCCAGAGGAAGAAGUGCAAGAUCAGGAAGUGUCGAUCCAAACCCAAGGAUGACAGGAGUGAAGGCAAGAGGAGAAGAAGAGGCAAACAGGGAAGAGACGCAGUCUUGGAAGAACAGUCCGGUUGUGGGAUGCAGCCAUGGACCGGCUGGACUGACUGCACCAAAGCAUGCGGAGGAGGCAUCCAGGAGCGUUUCAUGUUGAAGAACAAAAGAGCUAAAGGCACAGUGUCGGCCAACUGCAAGGACCGGAAGGAAAUACGUGCCUGUAAUGUUAAUCCCUGCUAGAGGGCACUGUUGACUUAUACAGGCGGUCAAGUAGGAUGUACCUAUGGGUGUAUUUCAUACAAAGGAUAAGAAAAUUUUUGUUUUCGUGAGCGAUGUAUGCUUGGUUAAUAUGACUUAGUGAGGCGAAUCAAAGGACCGAAGAGAGACAAAAUAGUUGAGGUGUGUUCAAUAUUCGCUGACAGAGCUGUUAUUUCCUGUUACUUUAGAGCACUACAUAAUGAGUAAUAGCACUGUAGCUUUCAUCUAUUUUGGUCACUUAAAUAUUGUAGCCCCCAUGAAUGGAUAAGCUAGUGUACGCAAUAUGCACUUGAAAACUACGUAGGUAUCAAAAAGUAGCAAUGGCAAAUGAAAAGUCAUAGUUUUGCAGUUCUCUAAUAAUGAUCCACUCGUUUUGUAUGUAGCAGAGACAGAAAGGAGACGUUUAUACCUUUUGUCUCAUGUUUGCCACCUGCAGCCAAUUGACAUUACAUACUCUACUAAAUCACCAUGUACAGUGUUGGAUGUUCUAACCUCUUAUAAGGACAUAUAUUGGCUACGUUUAUUUAAACAGAAACCGACAAAACAUAAAUCCAGAAAAAAAAAACAUGAAAUAAAGGUUAUGUGUAUCUUGUAUGUGAUGUAGUGGAAUAAGUAUUCCAUCCCCAAGCAUGGAAGUGACAAGAGUACUCGGGAAGCAGAGAGGCCAGAUGUUUCUUGCACUUGUUCACCGGGGUUAUCAAAUCUCAGGAGGGUUUUAGUCCAUGACACAUAUUGUCUAAACCAGGGGUGUCAAACGUACGGGCCGAGGGCCGGAUGAGGCCCACGAACAGGUUUUAUCCGGUCCGCGGGAUGAGUUUGCUAAGUAUAAAAAUUUACCUGAAAUGUUUGAAUGAAAGAAACAGCUGUUCUAAAUGUGUCCACCAGGUGUCGCAAUAGCAAUUAUUUGUAUCUUUGUAGAUGAUGCUACAUAUGUACAAAAUAAACCACAUGAUGUUAGUACAUCAGGUGAGGAAAAUGAUCAAACUACAUAAAUAACAUACUGUAAAUUUAUUUUGACAUAAUUUUUUUAUCUUGAUAAAUUGAUAAUUAACACCACUGUGUUGACUAAUGAAGAUUAUCACAUAAUUUAUUCAGAAAAUAUAAAUAUCGACAAAUAAAAUACCGUAUUUUUCGGAGUAUAAGUCGCACCUGCCGAAAAUGCAUAAUAAAGAAGGAAAAAAACAUAUAUAAGUCGCACUGGAGCCCGGCCAAACUAUGAAAAAAACUGCGACUUAUAGUCCGAAAAUUACGGUCUGUAUACUAUUAACCGCAACAGGUAAUUGUAAAAAAAACAACAACAACAUUAUGAUUUGUACAAUUUCAGAACAUGUUUGUUCUAUUUUUAAACAAAGAAAACAAUCUGAAGUUGUCUUUAUUUUUAAAUUAUCGUGCCAUGAUUUUACCAGUCCGGCCCACUUUGGAGUAGAUUUUUCUCCAUGUGGCCCUCGAUCUAAAAUGAGUUUGACACCCCUGGUCUAAACCCUGAAAGGUUCACUUUCACUUGAUAAGUGAUCAAAGUCCAGAGACUUUUUAAUUAGCUUAUUCUUGUGUCACUUUGUCUUGGCCGUAAGUUUUGGUUCAUCUUCACAACGAGUCUUUAGUGUGAGGCUCGAAGCUUCUAAUCCGAGAUUUUAUGGAACGCGCCCCUCAAUGCGGUUUCCACUUGCAUGUUUGAUGUGGCGAUGUUGUUCUUGGUAUCACACUCAGCCAUUUUCCGAAUCUUAAACGCCGAUUGCACGCUGUGUGUCGGGCCCCGCAAUCUGUGGGUAUCUGUGGGAAUGUCAAUUAAUGAAAAAAGAGGCGUUUCAUAAUGACAUUUUACUGCAAACAUUUUCCUAGCCUGUUCCUGCUCAGUCACCUUUAAAACAAUAACGGCAAAUUUCUCAGAAUAUUCUAAUUGUGCACUGUUAGUUCUGGGCUUUUAUAAAAUGGUACUGGGAUUAAAUUCCCGACCAGAAUGUCAGGAAGAUAUGCACAUUUGUGAUAUAAAUCUAUGAAGUGUAUUUUGACCCCAAAGAAUCCCUUUAAUUUGUUUUAGUACAAAUAAUGCAUCGAAUUAAAUUCAAGUUUUUUUUUGUUUUUUUUAAUUAAUCAGUCCAACAAAAUAAUACACAAUAAUACCAUAAUAAUACAAUUACAAACCCAAAACCAAACCCAGCAACAUUCAGAAUAGCAAUCAACAGAACAAUUGAGAGGACACACAAACGUGACACAAAACAAUCCAAAAGUAGUCAAACAAAAAUGAAUAAUAUCAACAACAGUGUCAAUAUUACCGUAUUUUUCGGAGUAUAAGUCGCACCUGGCGAAAAUGCAUAAUAAAGAAGGAAAAAAUCAUAUAUAAGUCGCACUGGAGUAUAAGUCGCAUUUUUUGGGGAAAUGUAUUUGAUAAAACCCAACACCAAGAAUAGACAUUUGAAAGGCAAUUUAAAAUAAAUAAAGAAUAGUCAACAACAGGCUGAAUAAGUGUACGUUAUAGAGGCUAUAGGCUAAAUAACCAACUGAGAACGUGCCUGGUAUGUUAACGUAACAUAUUAUGGUAAGAGUCAUUCAAAUAAUUAUAACAUAUAGAACAUGCUAUACGUUUACCAAACAAUCUGUCACUCCUAAUCACUAAAUCCCAUGAAAUCUUAUACGUCUAGUCUCUUACGUGAAUGAGCUAAAUAAUAUUAUUUGCUAUUUUACGGUAGUGUGUUAAUAAUUUCACACAUAAGUCGCUCCUGAGUAUAAGUCGCUCCCCCGGGCCAAACUAUGAAAAAAACUGUGACUUAGAGUCCGAAAAAUACAGUAAUAAGAAUUCCAACAUAGCAGUGAUUAGAAAUCCCUCAUUUACAUUAUCAUCACAGCCAAAAAAUAAAAAUAAAACCAUUUAAAUAAGCUUGACAACACAUUGACCAAUAUUGUCCACAAAUAUAAAAUAAGUCAUACUUUAGGUUCAUUUAAUAGUUAAAACAACAGUCUAAACUAAAUUAAUUCAAGUUUGAUUAAAAAAGUGUAAACAUUGUUUUACAUUAUUUAAAGAGUGUGAAAGUGUUUUGUUAUAGAGGGGCCUCAAAAUAAUGAAUUUCUGCUGCCUGGUUGGGGAUCAGAUACUUGUUUAGUAUCCGUGGUGUCUCUCUCUGUUACAUAGAACAUACAAAUCAUGGCCUAGUCAAAUUAGUCGGUGAUCACUGUAAUCGGUCAGAUUACCCAAAUUGUUAAAAAAAAAUGGUCGCUAUUAUUUUAAACUGUGAAGACAACAAUGACAUAUUCUUUAAAGCACAAUAAACAUACCACUUCAUGUCUUUUUUUUUCUGGAAACUAACCAACAUUUAUGGGUAAUGACUAAAUGGUUCCAUUAGAUUUACAAAAUAUAUGUUUUUAUUGUUAAGUUGUGUCUUUAUAUUUACUUCACUGCUGUUUAUCUGCCUUAUCUAUUGAUGUAGCAUUACAACUGCAAUAUACGAUAUCUGACUUUAUUUAGCAUGUGCCUGCACAGUCCUUUAUCGUCCAAAGUCUGCCUCACAGACUUUGUCAGUCUGUGCCUCAAAAUCAUACACAUUGUUGUGUUCUGAACGCUAACUCGUGGUUUUGACGUCGCUCUGUAUGCCACUUUUCAUGGAGAGUGCAGGAAAUUAUUUUGACAUUUCUUCCUGUUUUGACAAAUAUGACUAUCAAAGCUCUCAUGACUGCAGCCAGUUGUUGUUGUUUUUUACCGUGCGGUUAAGGGGUUUGUCAGUUUAAGUUUCAAGCCAUUUUGUAAGAAACCACAUUUGCAAUAAAAAAGUGAAUGUCAAAA